GACCGAUAGUGAUCGCAUGGAAUGCGGUGCCUGUGCGUCAUCAUAUCACAGCUUAUGCGUUGCUAUUUCCGCUGAAGACCUAGGUAAUUUAUCGGCUAAGGCUAAGAGGGACUGGUUAUGUCCCGAGUGCCGGACUAGGAGGCCGCGCAGCGAUAACUCUAACACUCCGGUUCGUCCAUCUACACCUAGCAAUAUGAAUCCCGAUGCAAAUGUUACAGUGCGCCGCAAGAAACCUCAAUCACUCAUUGAACCGGCCGGUGACACAAAUGUAUCACGUUCGGAAUUGCGUACUAUAAUUCAGGAGGAGCUGCGUGCUGUAAUGAGAGAUUUUACAUGCGAACUAAAGAGUGAUUGGAACAGACAGUUGAAGGCUAUUAGAGGCGAGAUCUCCGGACUUACGGAAUCGAUUCAAUUCAUGAAUGACUCGUUUGAAUCAUUCAAAACGGAUUUGAGCCAUUGUAUGACUAAAAUCAACUCAAUUGAGAAGGAUAGGGACAUGAUACGGAGUGAAUUAAAUUCUAUCACCAACCGCCUCAACCAGAUUGAACAAAUAUCUCGUUCUUCGAACUUGGAGAUCCAAUGUGUUCCGGAGCAUAAGUCUGAGAAUUUGCUGACAAUCGUGACACAACUAGGCAAGGCCGUGUCUUGUCCCAUAUCGGAGUCAGAUGUCCAUUAUUGCUCGCGUACCGCAAAGAAAAACCCCGAGAGUCCUCGCCCCCGUUCCAUCCUGGUUAAGUUAAGCAGCCCUCGCAACCGGGACUCCCUGUUGGCAGCCGUGAUGAAAUACAAUAAAAGUCAUCCUCAGGAUAGAUUAAACACGGGACAUGUGGGGCUUAAGUCAGACAAGAGAACACCAAUAUACGUAGUGGAAAAUCUGUCACCUGACAACAAGUUUCUUCAUGGUAUGGCUCGGAACCGGGCGAAGGAACUCCAAUACAAACAUGUUUGGGUUCGAGGCGGACGCAUAUAUAUGCGUAAAACAGAUACGUCUGAAUAUGUCCUGGUUCGUAGCGCGGCGACGCUGGAUAGUUUAGCUUAAGUUAGGUACUAAUUAUAAUUAUAUAGUUUCUUUAAAACUGGAGUACAAUAUUUCUAAUAGUUACAUUCGAUAAGUUAAAUAUAUAUUUUCAAAAUGUUAGGGGUCUUCGAACGAAGACAACUGAGUUAUAUAAAAGUGUAAUUGGCUGUGACUAUGAUAUCUUAGUUAUGUGCGAGACUUGGCUAAAUAGCACAAUAUUUGACUCAGAAAUUUUGGACGAUCGA